GAGGGGAUGAGAGGUAUUUUUUGUUGAGUGAUUGUCAGAGUCCCCUCCACUCCUGAGCUCACUUUGAGAGAGAGGGGGGACAAAGAGGGCCAGUCUACCCCUGAUCAGAUUACAUAAAGGUUCUGUGUGACUGCGACAAUGUUCCUGGCGACCAUCUUCUUCUUCUCUGCCCUGCUCCCAUUCUCUCUUUCCCAACAACGGGACCCCUUCGCUUGGCUGUAUGGCCGCCAAGGAAACGCUUUCGCCUCCCUGCAGGCGGGCACCUCAGGAGACCAGUGUCCGGAAGAGUGUGACUGCCCCCCCACAUUCCCCAUUGCCAUGUACUGUGACGGGAGGGGCCUGACAGCCAUGCCAAAUGUUUCUGCCCAUAUCAAGUACUUGUACCUCCAGAACAAUGCCAUCACUGCUGUGCCCGAGUCAGCUCUGGCCAAUGCAACCAGUCUGGUGUGGUUAAUGAUGCACCACAACCAGCUGACAUCUGAAGCCAUUGACAAGAAGGUGUUUUUGAAGUUGAAGGGACUGGAGCGUUUAUAUCUACAGCACAACAAUCUGACCAGCAUUCCUCCCAACCUCCCUCGCUCCCUGCGAGAUCUGAGAAUCAGUCAUAACAACAUUGAAAAGGUAUCACCUGCAGACCUAGAGGGAAUGGAUAACCUCACUAUCCUGUAUCUCCAUGAUAAUGCGCUCACAGACAUGAGCACAUCACUGAAGGCACUGACAUCUCUCACACUGCUGGACAUCAGUGGCAACAAGCUGACAAAGGUCCCAGAGGCCCUCCCUGACCAUCUGCACCAACUCUAUCUGGAGUCCAACUCCAUCGACUCAGUGCCAGAGGACUUCCUGGGCAGUCUCACACAGCUGCAGUAUAUCAGGAUGGCCAACAACCAGCUGACAGACAAGGGCAUCCCUCCCAACACCUUUAACGUGACGGGGCUGGUGGAGCUGGACCUGAGCUUCAACAAGCUGGAGAGGAUCCCCAUAGUCAGCACCACACUGCAACACCUCUACCUGCAGGCAAACCAAAUCAAAGAGUUCACUCUGGGGAGUUUCUGCAAUAUCGUGGAUGUGACCAAUUUCUCCAAACUCCAGACACUGAGACUGGAUGGAAAUGAGAUCAGUCGCCAGGACAUCCCCUCAGAGUCAUCCAUGUGUCUGCGGCUGGCUUCCGACAUCGAGGUCUAACUAUGUGAACAGCACAGCUUGUGUGCACCAUAAUGUAACACAUUGUUUUUGUGAUGUGCAAAAAGCAAAGUGCAGCAUGAGAUGGCAGGAGCUCAUAUCUUCUAUAUAUCAUUCUGAGAAACUUAAAGCUUAAACAUGGCCUGGCCUCUGUCAAAAAAUCUAAAUCUAAAUUAGACUUAUCUGCUUCAAUUACGGUCAAUAAAUGUGUUUUUUUUGGCAUAUUGAAAAUAACCCUGAUUUGAUUGAUCAAUACGUUGCUGUGAGGGUCAAUGAUCUUUGUAUGUUAUGGUAUAUAUAAU